CAAUGUUCAAUAUCCCCUUCUCUUGCCAAGGAGAUAUUGGAUGAGCAUUACUCGAUUAGAAUCCAUAAUCCUCGUUUUGUAUUUUGGGUGCAAUUGUACAAUGCUUAUCCUGGGAAGAGCAAACAUCAGAUACGUGGCGGCGAUGCUGGCCAUCACCAACGCUACGCCAUUGUUCCUCGGAGACCGCACUAACCCUCUUGUGGAUCUCAUUGGUAUCCCACUGUCGACAUACUACGUUUUCCACCAUUUCAUUGGCAGAGUCGUGAUUAUAGAGGCUAUGAUACACGCCGCCCUUGUCUUCAGGCGGUCGCGACUUGAUCAGACUACUACGUCAGGCUAUAUUACUCGCGUUCUCUGCCACUGGGGCUACCAUAACCGACGAAACUGGCGAUUCGGAGGUCUCACGGAUCUCUAUAUCCUCCGCCCGCUCAGAUCCUUGCGGUUUAUAAAGGGCGAAAGACUGCUUAUAGAUGGCCCAUACGGACAGGACCUGAAUCUAAAAUAUUUUAAAAGUGUGAUGCUCGCGGCUCAUGGAGCCGGUAUCUUAGGUAUCCUUUCUAUCGCCCGGAGCAUCUGGGAGCAUCGACGAUCAGAUGAUGUACUCUGCAGAGUGAACAUCUUCUGGAGUCUGGAGCGAAACUCUCAAGGGGAAUGGGCAGCUGCUUACCUGAAGCGUUUGCAAGAACUUGACGCCGGUAAUGAACUUUUCGUUGUAUGGUGCGUUUACCCAUCUGAGAAGAAGGAGACGCCGGUAUUCGAAGAAACUAGCCAUUGGUUGUAUUUUCACCAAGUUGACCGUGAUGUUUUAUUGAAACAUAUGAUGGAUGCUACUUCGGAGAGGACCUGCGGUGACCCCGACUUCUCCGCCAACGUCCGUAAAGCUGUCAUUGAUCGUAGGGGAACUCGACCCAUUGAAUUCGCUGAAGUACAGUACCGACCCAGCACUAAACAGCCUCGCACUGCUGACGGCGCGGAUUCAGAAAAGGGGGCAGGGAAGUCUAACACUACCGAUGACGCGGACUUGGAGAAGGGAGAAAAACCGCGUAGGAUGCACUCAGAAGAGGAAGAUGAGGAGUGGGACGAAAUAACGCUCUACUCUCCUACUGGUGCGCUUGUAGAUGACGCACCGCAAGAGGCGCGGCAAAAGAAAACCGAUUAA